AUGUUCAAGAACGCGCCUCUCGGCCUCGCGGCCCUCAUCCUCCUCGCGGCCUCCCUCCUCUUCCUCUGGUUCGUCAUCCUCGCCGGCGUCAGCGACGUCACGCCCCUCAAGUACACCUACUUCCUCCAGGCCGACACCGACGGCAUCACCGGCGCCCGCCCCGUCUCCCGCUGGACUUACUUCUACGUCUGCGGCGCUCCGGACAAUGCCGACUGCGGCUCCGCCCAUCCCGCGCCGCCCUUUGGCAAGUUCGCCUGGGACAGGGACCCCCAGAACGCGCCUGAUGCCCUCGUCGGCUCCCACGGCUCCGGCACCACAAGCUUCAAGUAUUACUACAUGUGGCGCUUCGGCUGGGUCUUCCUCCUCCUGACCCUCUUCUUCGAGACUCUGUCUUUCUUCACCGGCUUCCUCGCCUGCUGUGGCCGCCUCGGCGCCGCCAUUUCCUUCCUGCUUGGUGGCUUUGCCCUGUUCCUCUACUCCAUUGGUGCUGCCCUGACCACUGCCACAUUUGUCAUGGCCCGCGACCAGUUUAAAGACGAUGGCCGCGACGCCAACAUCGGCCGCUGGGCCUUUGGAUUCCUCUGGGGCUCCUACGCCGGCCUGCUCAUCUCCGUCGUGCUUUUCGCCCUCGGCAUGCGCAAGGACCGAAACGCCGCUGCGGCCUCGGGCGCUGCGGGCGGCCGCCGGCGCUUCUGGGGGCGACGGAGCCGCAGCACCCGCAGCCGCUCCUACGACGGCCGCCGCGUCAAGGACGACUACUCGUAA